GUCGGUUUCAUUUCUGGGUUUUGGCGGAAAUAUAUUCAGACAACCAACUCGAUAUCUUCAGCUGCCUCUGCCGUCAACGACACACCAAUAUAUAUAGCCAUGGUGAUGGAUACCAGGCAGUCUCAACGAAAGAGACGAAACAGUGCCAUUUCUAUGGCGGACCCGUCGUCCUCCACUGCCUCGUGCGGGACUGCUCGUCUGACCCGGGCUUCAUCUUGCAGAACUCCCAGUCAGGCAGCCAAAAGGGUGCGUUUUUCCGACCCGGGCCCUCAGCUGCAGAAUGACCGGAACUAUUCGACCGGUCUGACGCCGGCAAUGCUUCGCACAUCCUUUGAUGAAUCGGCAACGUCGGACGGGCCUCGCACCCCGACUCGGGGAGCGCGACGACGCUCAACUCCACUCCCGCAGUCUCGCCGCUCGCUGGAUCCUUUGAUGCCAAUCAGCCCAGCUACUUCCGAGCGAGUGGUGCAGUUUACCCCGUUGCGCCAAAUUUUGGAUUCUCGUACCCAACGGCGAAUCCGUCGGGUCGGGCUGAGCGACGAGAUCAAUAAUAUACAACGUGAGAAGCGGGAGGCUGCGCAGUAUGAGAAGUCUCUACAGACUCUGCUGCAGGAGAGGGAUGCCUUGAAAAAGCAGCUAGAGUUGAGCGAGAGAGCGCGCAAUACUCCCGACAGCCUUUCGUCCGGCGAGGACACAGAGUGCAUGACUCCCCAGGCGAGAAUUGAUCAUCUGGAAUCUGAAAACUGUCGCCUGCGGGAGAUGUCCUCCUCUUUCCUUUCACGCCAACACCGCUCCGAUGUCGCGCCAUCUGAAGCUGACACCAUAAGCAUCAACGACAGCGGUUUCGAAGGGGAGACGAUACUCAUGUCAUACUCCCCGGAUCUCCGCGGCUCCGACAAACACCAGCCGCUGGAUCUACAUGACCUUCCUCCUUUAACCCCCGAGCGUUCAGUUCAUGCAUCCUCUCCAGCCGUGUCUUGGUCUGAAGAUCGUCGAGAGGCAGAUAUCCUUGCUCUUUCGCGGGAUUUGGAAGCCGCGAGGAAGGAGAAGAAAGACCUGUUCAAUGCAUGUCGAGCUCGGCUUGCUUCUUUGGAGGGAACACAGUUGGAACAUCAUCUGCGCCAGACUUCUCCACCACCAGAAUUCUUUGAUCAACUUGUUCCUAGCCUAACCGAAGCUGUCACACGGGCUUCAGAUGCCGUGAGCGCUCUGGAUACAAUCAAAAAGGAGAUUUCUGGUCUCGGUUUCCCAGGCGGCAACGUGGAAGAGAUCGUCGACGAAAUGCGUGAUAGGUUUCGCACAGCUCGUCUCCAGUUGGAACGUGCAGUUCCCGGGGAAACCGCCAAUGCUGGCCUGGGGGAUGGAAAUGCCACUCUGGGUGCAUUGGUAAAACGAGUUGAGCUACUCGUGAAGAGCCUAGGGGAAGAAGAAGUGCGACAUGAAGGCACUGUUGGCCGUGAAAAAGCUUUACGUGGACAAUUUGACGAGUUGCUAGUUCGAUAUGAGGUCGCAUCGAAGAAGAUUGGAGACCUCGAAGCUUCUAUUGCUUCAUCAGCCGAAGACAUGCUUCAUACAAGAAUGCGAAUGCAGGAACUUGAACGCGAAGGGCAAGAACAGACCAUCGGGGUUGACCGACUAAAUGCGGCGCUCAGCAAAUAUCGCGACGAGGUUAAGACUCUUGAACAACUAGUGAUGAACCUAGAAAAAGACAAGGUCUCGGCGAACGAGAAACACAACGAACAGGUCUCCCAGCUGGAGACCAAGGUGGCGGACGAACUGGAAGCCCGCCGUGCGGCGGAAUCGGCUCUUGCGGAGCGAGAGGCACGGAUUCAUGGACUGGAAGCGACGGUCGAACAGAAUCGCAUCCGCGCGAGCGAUCUAACUGCCAAGGUCGAGUCGCUCGAGCAAGAACGCCAACGAAUCGUCGAGAGUCUAGAGCAACAAGCGACCGACCAGCUUCAACGCCAUCAACAGGAACUCGGAUCAAUGAACGUCCAUGUUUCUGAGCUUACGACAUCACUCGAGGGCGUCAAAUCGGAGAUGGAGAAGCUGCGUUGUGGCAACGCAGAUCUGGAGGAGCAGCUGCGCCUGGAAGUCGAGGCCCGGGAUAGCCUGCUGGACAGGUGGGCUGCCGACCAAGCGCGCUCCUUUGCCUUUAUGAAGGAAACCGUCAGCGCAGAACGGCGGAGAGCGAAAGUCCGCACCGCCAAUUUCGAACUGAAGUCGGACGAGCUGCAGUCUGAUAAUACGAAUCCUGGUAGUGAGCCGAUCACUCCGCUCAGCGCGACACGGUUCGUCGACGUGGAGGUCGGACGGGGGAAGCAGCGGAGAAGGCUGGACAGUGGCAUUGGCAUUCUUACCGAUGAAGACCUGCUGGAUGAGGCUGGUGAGCAGGAUUGCCGAGGACUACUUCCUUCCGAUCCCGCUGAUCUUUAAUUGUCAAGCUUGAUCUCCAUGGGUUGGGUAUGAUGAAUUUCUUUUGUUGAUAUGAGCAGUGUAUGCUUGCUAAACUCGGUCUUUGGAUUUCGGGUGCUUUGUAAAAAUGACCAGGAUAAUUGAGCAGAGAAUGGAAAGUCAUGAUCUAUGA